AUGAAUGUCGAAGAACUGGCACAAUAUCAAUAUCAACUUGAUCAGGUUAAUCUCGCGCUCAAAAGUGAACCUGAAAGUGUAGAACUUUUGAAGCUUAAAGCCGAUCUCACUGAACUUAUAAGUUUAACUUCGACGAUUAUUGAACAAGAAAGUGGAUCACAAUCGCCUAAGAAGGCAACACGCUCAUCAAUUUCUCCUAAAUCAAAUUCCGCACCAACUACGCCGACGUCAAACACACUAACAAAUUUUUCAAAACCUCUACAAGUAGGAGAUAGUUGCUUGGCACGUUGGUCAGGAGACGGGCAGUUUUACCCAGCUCAAAUAACUGCUAUAGGUGGUUCAGAUCAAGUAUUUUCAGUAGUUUUUAAAGGACAAAAGAAAGUAAACGAACAAGUCGCAAAACAAAAGUCUUGGUUAGCUUUUGCUAGUGGUCCUUCUGUAGCUCCCGGAAGGAAAACAACGAAAACAAAAAGAUUGGUUCAACCACCCAUCAAUAAGAAAAUUGGCGUUGUCGGGAGCGGUAAACCUAUGACUCAAUUUCAACAACGUGGUAAACAUAUAUUUGACCGACAUUAG